CCCCAGCAAAAAGUUUGUGCUCUCAGAGGGGAAGUGGGUUGAGACUGGAUCCUCGUAGCUCUACGAAGCAGCCUCAAUGGACGAGGAAACAGCGGAGGCGCUGACGAGAACGAAGGCACUCUACGACGCCGGCGUCUUGACGGAAGAAGAAUACAACGCCAAGAAAGAAGAGUUGCUCCACGCGCCAGCCGUCGUCGUCGCGCAACCGCCGGCCAACGAACACGGAGGCGUCGUCCAGGGCCACGUCGUCGUCGCGCAACCGCCGGCCAACGAACACGGAGGCGUCGUCCAGGGCCACGUCGUCGCCGUGCAACCGCAGAAAGUCCACCCGGAGCCUCGUCCAGGCUCAGAACCAGCGGCGCGCCGGCGUCGCCGCCGUCGCGGACGCCCCGCAGGAACCGAGGACAUCCUCGCCAACUACCGUUCGGACGAGGAGGCGUCGCGCGCGGCCACGCGGAUACAAGCGGAAGCGCGGCGAUCCGCGGCUUGGAAGGACUUCCCGCUGCCGCCCGGCGCGAUUUCCGCCACGAGUUUGCAAGGAUGGUGGUGCGUGCGCCGGCGCUGAAGACGUCGCGAUGAUGCCGACGCGAUCGUCUCCCCCCGCAGGUUCGGCCCUGGCCCAAUCGGUAUUUGCUGCUGGGGGGUUGCCCCCGGUAUCCUCCUUUUGCCGUUAGGCUGUCCUUGUUGGUGUUUCAAGUUCGAGGCACGAGGGCACAAUCGACUCAUGAUGACCAACCUGUGCGGUUGCGAUCGCCACGACGGAUACAGUCGCGAGCGCGACUCCAAGAAUUUCAAACGGAACGUGUUCCAGCACAAGGGGGAAGGCAAUCCAUGGAUGAUAAUCCACAACUCGAUCUGUGCUACGCAUAUCUGUGGCUAUCACAGCGUUGGCCGUGACGUUAGCGGCAAUCCGAAUGGCGGCGUAUUUUGCUGGGGUUGUAUAACACCACUCAUGUGCCGCAUCCCCGGGACGGUGCGCACGGCGUGGACAGACAGAUACGGCUCAGCCGACGUCGCCACGACGCGGAACGGCGUUACAGGCUACUAAGCCGACGCGGGCAAGGCAUCGCACGCGCCGGCGGCGGCCCAG